UCGGCCCGUCGCUGGACCAACAAUUUAAAUAAAAGAAUAGAAAUGCCACAGUAACAGAAACAUAGAUUUUUAGCGUACUAACCAAAGAAUACGUAGUGUAGGCAGAAGAGGACACAUUUUCAUUUGGAUUACUUUUUUUCCCAUUAUUUUGAUUUGAGUUUUGAGAACCAGAAGCUUUUACGUCAUAGGGACCGGAGUGAAGAAAAGCAAAAUGAAACCAAGAGUAUUCCUCACCGGCCUGACGGCUUUGUUAUGUUUCAGUGCCUGCUUGGCCUCAGAGCUGUCUUUUCUGCAGGAGCCCCGAGAUGUUAUUGCAGUGAGGGAUCGCCCGCUCAUGUUGGACUGCAGCGUGCGGGGCGAGGAGCCCAUCCAGAUUACCUGGCGUAAAAAUGGGGUGCCUUUGAUCACCCAUCCUCGGGUUCAGGUGCUGGCAAACGGCACCCUGUUGAUCCACAGCUUUCAGAAACGCAAAGAAGGCAGCGAUGCCGAUAUGGGAGAGUACGACUGCGCCGCUCAAAAUCGCUAUGGCAUGCUGGUCAGCCGUAAGGCCAAAGUCCUGUUGGCAUCCCUUCCUAAAUUCCACACCCACCCUAUGACCAUGGCAGUAGACGAGGGCGGAGUCGCACGCUUCCAGUGUCAGAUCAAUGGAAUACCUGAGGCCAACAUCACCUGGGAGAAAGACAGGGUGCCCCUGAGCACCAGUAACAAUAGGUACACUCUUCUACCAAUGGGGAUCCUACAGGUGACAGGCGUAAGACAGGCAGAUGUCGGGGUGUUCCGCUGCGUUGCCACCAACAUUGCAAACACUCGCUACAGCCAUGAGGCCAUUCUCAACAUCACUGGUGGAGCUGUAAGAACCUACAAGGAGCCAGUCAUCCUGUCAGGACCUCAGAAUCUAACCAUCACUGUCCAUCAGACCGCCAUCUUGGAGUGCAUUGCCACAGGAAACCCAAAGCCUAUUGUUUCCUGGAGCAGACUAGACGGCCGCUCAAUCGGGGUGGAAGGUAUCCAGGUCCUUGGAACGGGGAACCUGAUGAUCUCAGAUGUAUCUCUGCAGCACUCUGGUGUGUAUGUAUGCGCUGCCAACCGGCCCGGCACCAGGAUGAGGCGUACCGCGCUUGGCAGACUUGUGGUACAAGCACCUCCAGAGUUCUUGCAGUGGCCGCAGUCUGUCUCCAAACCAGCAGGGGGCAGUGCCGUGUUCACUUGUGUGGCACAGGGUGUGCCCGAGCCUCACCUCAUCUGGCUGAAGAACGGCAAGGUUUUAAUGCCUGGACACAACGUCAAGUUGACCAAUAAUAACAGUACUCUGGCCCUGACCCGUAUCAGCUCUGAGGACGAGGCCAUCUACCAGUGCAUUGCCGAGAACAGUGCCGGCACCAACCAGGCCAGCGCCCGACUCGCUGUGGCCCAAGCUAAAGACCUGCCCGCCGCUCCCCAGGGCCUCUCAGUCAGCGUGCUGUCCACCAGCGCUCUGCAGAUCUCAUGGAGCCAGCCACCCGUCGAGGUCACUGAUGGCAUCAUUGGCUACGUGCUGCAUAUCCGCAAAAUAGGAGAGCCAGAUGCUUUGGAGCUGCAAGAAGCCAUCAGCAAAGGCGCCUUUCAGCACGAUGUGAACAACCUGGAGCCAGCCACCACCUACUCGCUUUAUCUGAAGGCCUAUUCACCCCUUGGGGCUAGUCAGCAGUCUCGCACUGUGGUGGCAACAACACUAGGUGGCGUACCGACCCCUCCCACCUUCUUCACCAAGGUGGUGAAUUCUAGUGCUGUCCAGGUACUGUGGGAGCUCCCCAGCAAGGCGGGCAAAGCUGAGGGCUUCAGGCUGUCCUACCGCAGGGUCCCCAAUGCUGACUUCCAGGGACCCGUCCAGUUGCCCUGUCACAUCAAUGCCCACAUCGUCUCAAGUCUGGAACCGGGUGCAGUGUAUGAAGUCAAACUGGUGGCGUACAAUGGAAAUGGGGAAAGUGACUGCUCCAAGAGACUGGUAUCAUUGGCAGAUGAAGCCACGAGUGCCCAAAACACUGGUGAGAACACACCGUGUCAGUGUAGAGACGGUGAAGCCUCUUUGGGCAGCAUUGUUAUUGGCAUCCAUAUUGGCACUGCCUGCAUCAUCUUCUGCGUCAUCUUCCUCAUGUUUGGGUAUCGCCGUAGUCUGUUUUGCGGUAAAGGGACUCAGGAGAGCUGGUCUGUACCAAGUGACAACACAGGGCACAAUGGCAGCCAUAAGGAGGCAGCAGACCGUCCCAGGAUGGAGCCAGUGCCUCAGCAGCAGGCGGUUUGUCCGGCGCAGUGCCAAGUCGUCAUUGAGCAACACUCAUCAGGUCUUCCUGGCACUGGCACUGGCACAGGCUAGCACUGGUCAAACGCCCCCAUAACCCUAACCCCCAACCCUCGCCAACAUUCCCUUCGCCUCUCUCCAGCUAUUUGCAACUAACCUAAUGAACACAAAAUCCGCUGCUAAUACCAGAGCUUACAAAAAUGUGACAUAGUGCAACUCCCUGGACCGACAGUAUAUUAGCCCAUUACUCCCAAUACCAUGUCCCUACCUCAAAGUCAAACCAAAGCGUAUUGCCUUUAUUGCCUGUGUACCAGCAUGUGCAUAGGUGCAUGUUGAAAAAGCCUUUAAAGAGAAUUGUCAAAGAAGAUUCGGACCUGUCAGCUUCUCAAUGUGUCGACAUCGUAUAUACUGUACUCUAUGUCACAUCAGCUUGCUUGUGGGAGACUGUUCUAUAACCAAAAUGUUUUAUAUUUCUCAGAUCUCACCUGGCACGCUGACAUGUGAACGUGUACACCACAUUAUGCCAAAUAUUGAUAUUCGACUGACUCUCCAAAUGAUCUGUCGUGACAGAACUCUUGACAAUGCCUUCAGUUCGUCUGCAAUAAUAAGGGAAGAAACAUAGCGGCCUUUGCCAAAGCCUUACUGAGGUGACAGUGUCAUCAUUAGCGAUGGUGGUCUUUCACUGUACUAGAAGCCAUUUUUAAAAAAACAAACAAACCCUUCAAAGUUGCACAUCUCCAAAGAAAGCUACCUCAGAAUGCCUGAGCCAUAGUUGAGGCCAACAUUAACUGGUUAAUGUUGCCUGUGCCAACCUACCUCACGCCAAAAAAAAAAAAAAAAAACGAAUUUCCCCUUCAGUUCAAUUCUUAUUUGACCAGUGCCAAUGCCAGUGUGCCAUGCCAGGCGCCGACCAGGCCAGUCCAGAGAGAGCUUAACGGGUCGACUACCACGGAGAGAAACUACUGUGGCACAGCCUGACCUUGCUCAUCACCAAAGCCGGAAUUUCUCACCUCAGGCCUUCUUUUUGUGCCUACUUGAGAUGUAAAGCUUCAUUUCGGAUCUGACAUCAGAGGACGAUUGGAUUUGCAGACAAGUUUCCACCUCCAAUGACACAUUUGUGCAGAUGACGACCCUUCCUGAGACCUUUCAGAUCUCUUCAAAGAAUCCAAAUGGAAGGAUUUUUGGUCGGCUGUAGACCAGCCUAAAGUAAUAGUUGCCAAAUGAAAUGACUGCUAAAGGCCACGCUGCUGAGUUUGCUCUCCAGAUGCCAAAUUUGGUCACUCCGGGCCCUCGACGGUUCCGACCUGGCGGCUGAAGAACUUUUAAGGUGAUGCCUGAACGCACGGACUAGGUUUUUGUGUUUCACCAUGUCAGCCUAUCCAAAAGGUUCUUCUAUGAAAACCAAGCUAAAUGACACCCAAAGACGUUAACAUUUUGAUGGUUUUCUUUCUUUUCAUUUUUUUUUAUGACAUUUUGGAUUGUUCCUGUUUGAAAGGGGUCACCUGCCUUGCUUUAAUUGAG